GAGAAGCCCUUGUUCCCGCUGCCGGGAAGGAGAGUCUGGUGCCGACAAGAUGGCGGACGGGGAGCUGAACGUGGACAGCCUCAUCACCCGCCUGCUGGAGGUACGAAUGUCAGGAUGUCGUCCAGGAAAGAUUGUGCAGAUGACUGAAGCAGAAGUCCGGGGCUUGUGUAUCAAGUCUCGUGAAAUCUUCCUCAGCCAGCCUAUUCUUUUGGAAUUGGAGGCACCACUGAAAAUUUGUGGAGAUAUUCAUGGACAGUAUACAGAUUUACUGAGAUUAUUUGAAUAUGGAGGUUUCCUACCAGAAGCCAACUAUCUUUUCUUAGGAGAUUAUGUGGACAGAGGAAAGCAGUCUUUGGAAACCAUUUGUUUGCUAUUGGCUUAUAAAAUCAAAUAUCCAGAGAACUUCUUUCUCUUAAGAGGAAAUCAUGAAUGUGCUAGCAUCAAUCGCAUUUAUGGAUUCUAUGAUGAAUGCAAACGAAGGUUUAAUAUUAAAUUGUGGAAGACCUUCACUGAUUGUUUUAACUGUCUGCCUAUAGCUGCCAUUGUGGAUGAGAAGAUCUUCUGUUGUCAUGGAGGACUAUCACCAGACUUGCAAUCUAUGGAGCAGAUUCGGAGAAUUAUGAGACCCACUGAUGUCCCUGAUACAGGUUUACUCUGUGAUUUGCUGUGGUCUGACCCAGAUAAGGAUGUGCAAGGCUGGGGAGAAACUGAUCGUGGUGUUUCCUUUACUUUUGGAGCUGAUGUAGUCAGUAAAUUUCUGAAUCGUCAUGAUUUAGACUUGAUUUGUCGAGCUCAUCAGGUGGUGGAAGAUGGAUAUGAAUUUUUUGCUAAACGACAAUUGGUGACCCUAUUUUCAGCCCCAAAUUACUGUGGCGAGUUUGACAAUGCUGGUGGAAUGAUGAGUGUGGAUGAAACUUUGAUGUGUUCAUUUCAGAUAUUGAAACCAUCUGAAAAGAAAGCUAAGUACCAGUAUGGUGGACUGAACUCUGGACGUCCUGUCACUCCACCUCGAACAGCUAAUCCUCCGAAGAAAAGGUGAAGAAAGGAAUUCUAUAAAGAAACCAUCAGAUUUGUUAAGGACAUACUUCAUAAUAUAUAAGUGUGCACUGUAAAACCAUCCAGCCAUUUGACACCCUUUAUGAUGUCACACCUUUAACUUAAGG